AUGAGCCAAGUCUUCCCAGCUCGGUGUUCGUCACUCGCCGCCCUGGAAGCUCGUCCUGCCCUUGCUCUUCGUGACAGUUCGUAUAGAAUCCUGAAUUCGUGUUUGGAGCCGCUUCGCAGUGCGAAGACGAGGUACUCUCCGAUCUGGCUGCUUGGUAAGAGAAUUAGGCAGUGGGUCACCGAUUGGCCUCUCUUGACCUCUCGUCCUGCUUCUUCCGGAUCAGAUGAUCGUGGUGAAAAAGGACUGAGUGCCACGAGGUGGACGAGAGAUGGUUGUACCUGGAAUACAAGUCCCGCGGGGUGGAAUGCCCGCUGGGCUACAGAAGUACGUAUAUGCAAAUAUUACAAAUGUAUGAUUGUUGUCUGGUUACCUGAGUUUUCAUUAUUUUUGGCAGUUGUUAUCAAAUUAUUCGGUAAUUUCGGUUAUUCCGGUAUUUCUGGUUAUUACAUUCUAGCCAAUAUAGAUGCAAUAUAA